AUGCUGGGUACUCUGGGGCUUUGGGCACUGCUUCCCAAAGCUGUGCAAGCACCCCCAAGCAGGCGGACCUGUGUGUUCUUUGAGGCCCCUGGAGUGCGGGGAAGCACAAAGACACUGGGGAAGCUGCUAGAUGCAGGACCAGGGCCCCCCAGGGUUAUCCGCUGCCUCUACAGCCACUGCUGCUUUGGGAUCUGGAACCUGACCCAAGACCAGGCACAGGUGGAGAUGCAAGGAUGCCGAGACAGUGAUGAGCCAGGCUGUGAGUCCCCGCGAUGUGACCCAAGCCCCCGAGCUCAGCCCAGUCCCAGCUCCACUCUCUUCACCUGCUCCUGUGGCACUGACUUCUGCAAUGCCAAUUACAGCCACCUGCCUCCUCUGGGGAGCCCUGGGACUCCUGGUUCCCAGGGUCCCCAGGCCAUCUCAGGCGAGUCCAUCUGGAUGGCGCUGGUGCUGCUGGCGCUGUGUCUCCUGCUGCUGCUGCUGGGCAGCAUCAUCUUGGCCCUGCUACAGAGAAAGGCCUGCAGAGUGAGAGGUGGGCCAGCGCCAGAGCCAGAGCCAGAGCCAGACACAAGCAGGGACUGGAGUGCGGAGCUGCCUGAGCUGCCUGAGCUGCCUGAGCUGUGCUUCUCCCAGGUAAUCCGGGAAGGAGGUCACGCAGUGGUGUGGGCUGGGCAGCUGCAAGGCGAGCUGGUAGCCAUCAAGACCUUCCCCUUGAGGGCUAUGGCCCAGUUCCGAGCUGAGAGAGCAUUGUAUGAGCUGCCAGGCCUGCAGCACGACCACAUUGUCCGCUUUAUCACUGCCAGCAGGGGAGGACCUGGGCCCCUGCUCUGUGGGCCCCUGCUGGUAUUGGAACUGCACCCCAAGGGUUCCCUGUGCCACUACUUGACCCAGCACACCAGUGACUGGGGACGUUCCCUGCGGAUGGCACUGUCCCUGGCACAGGGCUUGGCAUUUCUCCAUGAGGAGCGCUGGCAGGAUGGCCAAUAUAAACCAGGUAUUGCCCACCGAGAUCUGAGCAGCCAGAAUGUGCUCAUUAGGGAGGAUGGGUCAUGUGCCAUUGGAGACCUGGGCCUCGCCUUGGUGCUACCUGGCCUCACUCCGCCCCCCACCUGGGUCCCUACUCAACCCCAAGGCCCAGCUGCCAUCAUGGAGGCUGGUACCCAGAGGUACAUGGCCCCGGAGCUCCUGGACAAGACUCUGGACCUACAGGACUGGGGCACGGCCCUCCGGCGUGCCGAUGUUUAUUCUCUGGCUCUGCUCCUGUGGGAGAUCCUGAGCCGCUGCCCGGAUCUGUGGCCUGCAGACCACCACCCUUCCAACUGGCCUAUGAGGCAGAACUGGGCAGCACCCCCACCACCUGUGAGCUAUGGACCUUGGCAGUGGCGGAGAGAAGGCGCCCUUACAUCCCACCCACUUGGUGCUGCUUUGCACAGUAAGAAGCCACUGGCUGGUGGGCUCGGGACCUGGAGAGUCUGGGCACAGGCUUCAAGGGCUUGUCUGCCAGGACCAGUCCCUCUACUCCUUCCAUCCCUUCUUCUCCACCACUCCUGCGCCAUGUUCAGCUGAAGCUGGGCAAACUUUCUCUGUAUUUCAGUUCAUCCUCUUCCACCAUACGUCUCACACAGCUCACUCUGAGGCUCACACCUCCCCCUUGCUCAGUCGUGUCUUUCUUCUCCCCAUCCGUUAGCCUUGUUCUGCAGCCCCUGCUUCAGGAAGUCCUCCUUGGCUUUGCUCCCUGCCCUGAGCACUGUCCCCAAGAUGGCUUCUCUCCCGGUACACUGGCAUCCAACCUUCAAUCCAAUCAUUCCUCGUUCUGUCCUACACAUCUGUGUUCCUAACAUGACCCAAUAAAGCCAGUUCUGGGUAUAAAAGGUUAAAGCAGUAGCCUAAGAAUGAAAUGUUAGUGGUCUGCACAAAUAGUUUUUAACAGGAACCCCUUCCCUGCUACCUGGUCUGAAAUACCUGGACUAAAAUUUCCACUGCACAAGUAUUGGCUGUGUUAGAUAACAGAGGCCGGAGACUGUUUGCAGAAGACCCUGUUUGCCCGAAAGGAAGGAGAGCAGUUUCUCAUCAACA